CGGUGUCCGCCCCACGGCCGGCGUUGCCGAGGUAACGGCGAGCGCAUGGGGCCAAGAAAGGAUACCUCCUCUGAAAAAUGGCAGAAGCAGUUUUCCAUGCCCCGAAGAGGAAAAGAAGAGUGUAUGAGACUUACGAGUCUCCAUUGCCAAUCCCUUUUGGUCAGGACCAUGGUCCUCAGAAAGAAUUCAAGAUAUUCCGUGCUGAAAUGAUUAACAACAAUGUGAUUGUGAGGAAUGCAGAGGACAUUGAGCAGCUCUAUGGGAAAGGUUAUUUUGGAAAAGGUAUUCUUUCAAGAAGCCGUCCAAACUUCACAAUUUCAGAUCCUAAACUGGUUGCUAAAUGGAAAGAUGUGAAGACAAACAUGCCUAUCAUCACAUCAAAGAGGUAUCAGCAUAGUGUUGAGUGGGCGGCAGAGCUGAUGCGUAGACAGGGGCAGGAUGAGAGUACAGUGUGCAGAAUCCUCAAGGAUUACACGAAACCGCUUGAGCAUCCUCCUGUGAAAAGGAACGAAGAGGCUCAAGUGUAUGACGAGCUUAACUCUGGAAUGGUUUCUAACAUGGAAGGCACAGCAGGGGGAGAGAGACCUUCUGUGGUAAACGGGGACUCUGGAAAGUCAGGUGGUAUGGGUGAUCCCAGUGAGCCAUUAGGCUGCCUGCAGGAGGGCUCUGGGUGCAACCCAACAACAGACGGCUUUGAGAAAAGUGUGAGAAAGGACGCUGCACCUCUGCCCCAAGUCUGUUGCUGCAAACAAGAUGCUCUCAUCCUCCAGUGUGGCCCUCACCAUGAGGACGGCAGCCAGCACGUCGGCCUCCUGCAUGCUGGGGACAGGGGGCCUGACCAUGAGUACGUGCUCGUCGAGGAAGUGGAGUGUGCCAUGAGCGAGAGGGAGGAUGCCCCAAAUGAGGAAUUGGUGCAAAGAAACAGAUUAAUAUGCAGAAGAAAUCCAUAUAGGAUCUUUGAGUAUUUGCAACUCAGCCUAGAAGAGCGCACACAGAAAUGUCCUUUCUGCCUUGAGCCUUUAACGAUAGUGAAACUCUGGAAAGCUUUCACUGUAGUUCAGCCCACGUUCAGAACCACCUACAUGGCCUACCAUUACUUUCGAAGCAAGGGCUGGGUGCCCAAAGUGGGACUCAAGUACGGGACAGAUUUAUUACUGUAUCGGAAAGGCCCUCCAUUUUACCAUGCAAGUUAUUCUGUCAUUAUCGAGCUAGUUGAUGACCAUUUUGAAGGCUGUCUCCGCAGGCCUUUCAGUUGGAAGUCCCUGGCUGCCUUGAGCAGAGUUUCCGUUAAUGUCUCUAAGGAACUUAUGCUGUGCUAUUUGAUUAAACCCUCAACUAUGACUGAUAAGGAAAUGGAGUCACCAGAAUGUAUGAAAAGAAUUAAAGUUCAGGAGGUGAUUCUGAGUCGAUGGGUUUCUUCACGAGAGAGGAGUGACCAAGACGAUCUUUAACAAUUCAACCUCAAAUUUCUAAUUUCACCAACAACUAUUUAUUGAGGGCUAGGUAAAAAGUUAUUUUUGUUGUAAUCAUCCAUUAAUUUAUAAAUUUUAAAGGACAUGGUGCUCCCAGCACCAGAAAAGUAUCAGUGUUUUUAAAGAUAAAUUACACAGGGGAGGAGAAAGAUCCCUGUGCUAGGAAUGCAGAUUCUGUCCUUGCGUUGGCCUCUAACUCUCCAAUCCCGAGCCUCGUGCCUCUGGCCUCAGUCUGUGCCCUCAUCCAGUCACUGCAGAAGUUGGACUAGAUGAGUCCUGAGAGGACACUUCCAACAACAGAGACAUUUAUUCUCUGAUUUUACCUGAAAAUGGUAGUAGUUUACAUUUAUACAGUACAGUUUAUGAAGCACUUUCAUACACAGGCAUCUCUUGUUACCUACAUCUAAGCUGUUCCCAAAAGAGUGUUACAGAACACAACAAUAUUGUACAAUAUUAGAUAAGCAUAUCUUCACUGAACUUGUUAUAAAGAUGAGUGGUGAAAUAAUGUUUGGAGACAUAAUGAAAGCAAUUAACAUUUAGCAAAAUAUAAUAAAGCCUUUUUGUAAUUGGUGAGAAAGUCA